AUGGAUUCUCGACAAGCCAAAUUUCCACGUUACAUGGUGUUUUGUGUGGUUGCAUCAUGCAUAGGAUCAUUUUCUAAUGGUUGGACGAUUGGAUCUCCCAACAUUCCGGGCGAGACAACUACGUCUUGUGAGCAUGGUGCAGCCCACGUUAACAAUCGAUAUCUUCCCGAUUGCUUACCCAUGGAUUCAUUACAAUGGGGAAUUGCCGUGUCCACUUUUUGCUUGGGUGGAUUGGUAGCUAGCUUUUGCACGUCAUUUUUCAUGACCCGAUUUGGGCGUGUGCGUACCAUCAUGUAUACCAAUAUUGGCUGGAUCAUCGGCUCUAUAUUGAUGGCAUUUUCCGUAUCCCCCGUUAUGUUUGCUGUCGGCCGUUUUUGUUCAGGUGCAUCGUGUGGCAUGAAUUCAGUGGCCACACCUACCUACAAUGGAGAAAUUGCAACCAUCCAAGGACGUGGUACCAUGGGUACCUUGAAUCAAUUGCUCAUUGUGAUUGGGAUUUUGUUAUCCAAUUUGGUGGGGCUGGCAUUCAACUCGGUACCCUUAUGGCGAGUCAGCUAUGGCUUGGUGAUUGUCCCUGCUUUAUUACAAAUGAGCGUGAUGGGAUUGUGCGUCGAGUCACCACGAUACCUGGUGUCACAAAAUGAUUUGCAGGGUGCACAAGCAUCAUUACAAAAGUUACGUGGUGCAAAUUACGACGUGAGUUACGAGUUGAAUGACAUUAUCGAAGGACAACAACAGCACCAAGAACCUGGUAGAAAGGAACAAGAAGCCAUGGCUGCUGCUGCUGCACCACGACAUAGCAUCGAAACGGAUGGUGGUGGUGAUGUUAAUGUUUUGGAGAAGCGUAUUGCUGUAUUGAGCGAAGAAGGCAAUGGCAGCAAAGGCGCUUAUGGCUUUGCGGAUUUGUGGACCGAUCCGGUGGUGCGACGUAUCACGUUAUUGGUGGUAACGCUUCAUGCUGUGCAACAAUUUUCGGCUGUCAAUGGCGUCAUGUACUACUCGACCAUCAUCUUCCAGCAAACCUUUGACAGCCGCAUUUCGACUUAUAUGGCUAUUAGCACAUCAGCUGUAAACUUGUUGGUCACCUUGCUUUCGGUUUACUUGAUCGAUCGUGCAGGCCGUAAAGUAUUACUCGUAACGGCUCAAGCGGGUGGGUGCGUAUCAGCUGCUUUACUUGCUGUUGCAGGCCAUUUACAAUUACCAGCCUUACUUGUCACCUCUGUUUUCCUUUUCGUUACUUCCUUUGCCAUUGGUCUAGGCCCCAUCCCUUGGUUAUUGACAUCGGAAUUAUCACCUACACAUGCUGCAUCCGCCAUGACUUCAUUGGCCACGGCUGUCAAUUGGGGAGCUAAUUUCUUGGUGGCGCUCGUAUUUCCUGGUCUCAUGGAUAGAUUACAUUCAACAUCAUUCAUUAUCUUUGGUGCCAUCCUCUUUGUGUCCACUAUCUUUACGCUCUAUUGUGUUCCCGAAACAAAGGGCAAGUCCAUUGAACAAAUCAAUGCCAUGUUUGAACGUGCCAUCCGUGCUCGUGAUGCACCUGAAGAAGCCUUCCAUGACCGAGUCAGAUAA